UUUUCGAAUUAAGUCAGCGUCUCUCCUUCUCUUCAUUUUCCUCGAAACCCUUCUCUCUUCUUCAUUCCUUCCCUUUAAGCUUUUUUGCUUUUCUCUCUCUCUCUCUCGUUCUCUGUCCACGCACGAGGAGGCUGUUGAUUUCAAGCUCGUGGAGCAACCUCGACUGCUUUAAAUUGGAUCCAUGGAAUACGAGGAAGCUAUCUUCUUCUUCUUCUUCUACCCGAGUUUGUCAACUUAGAAGACUAGCGCUUUUUGAAUCCGUUCCUUCUCUGUAGCUCUAACUCGCUUCUGCGAUCGAUAUUUGCUUGUGAGUGUGCAGGACUAGUUAAAGAUGGUUGGAAGCUGGGAUGGAAGCCAGUCUGAUGACAGCUCUCACUUCGAGCGAGGCGUCGAUCACAUCUACGAAGCAUUCAUCUGCCCCUUGACUAAAGAGGUCAUGCACGACCCCGUCACUCUAGAGAACGGUCGAACGUUCGAGCGUGAAGCCAUUGAGAAAUAUUUCAAGCAAUGUUCAGACAGUGGUAAGCCUCCUUCUUGCCCGUUAACUUCUCAGACGCUGAGUAGCACUGAUGUGAGCCCCAGUAUUGCUCUGCGCAACACUAUCCAAGAGUGGAGAUCAAGGAACGACGCUGCCAAGCUUGAUAUUGCUCGUCAGGCGCUGUUUAUAGGAAACGAUGAGAAUGAUGUUCUGCAAGCUUUGAUGCAUGUGAGGCAGAUUUGCAGGAGUAUUAGAUCGAAUAGGCAGGGUGUGCGUAACUUUCAGCUUAUCCGUAUGAUUAUUGAUAUGUUGAAAAGUAAUAGUCAUAAAGUGAGGUAUAAGGCUUUGCAGACACUUCAAGUUGUCGUUGAAGGAGAUGAGGAGAGCAAGGAGAUACUAGCUGAAGGGGAUACUGUGCGUACACUAGUUAAGUUCUUAUCUCACGAGCCAUCAAAGGGAAAGGAAGCAGCUGUUUCUUUGUUGUUUGAGCUCUCCAAGUCUGAAACUUUGUGCGAGAAGAUUGGUUCGGUUAAUGGAGCACUUAUUUUAUUGGUUGGUCUGACAAGCAGCAACUCAGUAAACGUCUCCAUCGUUGAGAAAGCUGAUAGAACAUUGGAGAACCUGGAGAGGUCUGAGGAGAUUGUUAAGCAGAUGGCUUCCUAUGGUAGACUCCAGCCUCUUCUUGGCAAAAUCCUUGAAGGUUCACUUGAAACGAAACUCUCCAUGGCUACCUUCCUUGGAGACCUUGCCUUAAACAAUGAUAUGAAGGUUCUCGUGGCUCAGACCGUGGGUUCUUCUCUAGUCGAUCUCAUGAGAAGUGGUGACAUGCCCCAACGCGAAGCUGCCCUGAAAGCUCUCAACAACAUCUCAUCCUUCGACGGGAGUGCCAAAGUUCUGAUCGACAUAGGGAUUCUCCCUCCACUGAUCAAAGAUCUGUUCUACAUAGGCCCAAACAACCUCCCAAUACGGUUGAAAGAGGUCUCAGCCACUAUCCUCGCCAACAUAGUCAACAUCGGAUACGACUUCGACAAAGCCACACUAGUUUCAGAGAACAGAGUGGAGAAUCUUCUCUAUCUGAUAAGCAACACUGGUCCAGCGAUCCAGUGCAAGCUCUUGGAGGUUCUUGUUGGACUCACUAGCUGCCCUAAAGCAGUUAUUCACGUCGUCUCCGCUAUUAAAACCUCAGGUGCGAUCAUCAGUCUGGUUCAGUUCGUGGAAGUCCGAGAGAACAAUGAUCUGCGUCUGGCUUCUAUAAAGCUUCUUCAUAACCUCUCCCCCUUCAUGAGCGAGGAGCUAGCCGGGGCCUUGCGCGCUACAGCUGGACAGCUCGGGAGCAUUGUUGCCAUCAUUUCGGAAAAGACACCUAUCUCCGAAGAACAGGCUGCAGCCGCCGGGCUCUUAGCUGAGUUGCCUGAGAGGGAUUUGGGCCUCACUCGGGAGCUUUUGGGAGUUGGUGCCUUUGAGAAAAUCAUCUCCAAGGUGAAUGGGAUCCGCCACGGGGAGAUCAAAGGGAUGAGGUUUACGAUGAACUUUCUCGAAGGGCUUGUGCGUAUACUCUCCAGGAUCACGUUCGCGUUCAACAACGAGCCUAGGGCUGUUGCCUUCUGCCGUGAGUACAACGUUGCUUCGCUCUUUAUUCAUCUUCUUCAGUCCAACGGUCAAGACAACAUCCAGAUGGUUUCCGCCAUGGCGUUAGAGAAUCUCUCGCUAGAGUCUGUGAACCUCUCGCGGACGCCUGAUCUCCCUCCUCCAAGCUACUGUGGCUCCAUCUUUUCGUGUAUGAGCAAACCUCCCGUUGUCACCGGCCUUUGCAGGAUCCACCAGGGGAUAUGUUCGUUGAGAGAAACGUUUUGCCUCGUCGAAGGAGAAGCUGUGGAGAAGCUAGUGGGUUUGCUGGACCAUGAGAAUGAUAAAGUGGUCGAGGCUUCUCUCGCGGCUCUUUCGAGCUUGUUAGAAGACGGGUUAGAAGUGGAGAAAGGUGUUCAGAUACUUGAUGAGGCGGAUGGGAUAAGACAUAUACUAAACGUUUUGACGGAGACCAGAACGGAGAGGCUUACGAGGAGAGCGGUUUGGGUGGUGGAGAGGAUCUUGAGGAUUGAGUUCAUAGCGAUUGAGGUGGCGAAAGAGCCUAACGUGAGCGCUGCGCUUGUGGACGCUUUUCAAAACGGUGAUUUCAGAACGAGGCAGAUCGCUGAGAACGCGUUGAAACACAUCGAUAAGAUCCCAAACUUCUCAGCUAUAUUACCAAACAUGGCGUAGUAGUGGGGGAGAUGAGAUGAUCUCUCUUGAUUUCUGUCCAAGUGAGUUUUUAGUGAUUUUAUAAACUUUUUAUUGGGGUUUUUUUGAGGGGUUUAUUUGUUAAUAGCAUCCAGUUUUAUAUAUUGUAAAUUUUCCGAUUCUUGUUUGCGUGUGCUGUAAGCUAUUUGAUUUUGUUUGAUCGUGUUACGUUUCGAAACUGAAAUCAUUUGAUCGGUUCUCAUA